AUGAUUCCCACUAACUAUUACUUUAACGAUUCUAAUGAAAAUACUCAACCACAACAACAACCAAUUUCCAAUACCACCACUAACAACACUUAUCAAUCACUUCCGAUAAUUACAUCAAACAACAGUGACAAUUACACUGAUGACUACUCUUCAAUGAUGAUGGCAAUUGACUCCACAGCAAUGAAUCAUUUACGGAAUUCAAUAACAUUUGCAAUUAAUUCUAAUAUGUAUUAUAAUUCACAAGAAGAAACUCAACCUCAACAUAAUGACAUGACAACAUUAUCAUCAUCACUGACCAAUUUACAUCAACAACAACCUCUUCUUCCAUUAGUAUCACCAUCAGUAGUUGGAGUAGGAGGAGGAAUGGAAUCAAAACAAUGUUUUAUAAAUAAUUAUUACAAUUCAUUUGGAUAUGAUUUAAUAGUCAAUAAUAAUCCAAGUACUGAUGAUCCUAGAAGACUAAUUUUGGAAAAUUUAUAUCCUGGACUUGUUGGUGAAGUGAUUGGAGAGGGUGGAUAUGGAAUUGUCUAUCAUAUUCGUAGCACUUUUCCAAAUUCAUUAGCUGUUAAAAUGAUUGAAAUUAAGAAUGAAGAACAUUUACUAACAGAAAUUCAAAGAGAAUGUUCAAGAAAUUUGAUACAUCCUCAUAUUUUGAAAAUCAACCCAGAAAUGAAAUAUUGUUUCAAUUAUGCACUUGUAGAAAGUGAAUAUAUGAAAGAUGGUUCAUUGACGAAAUAUAAGGGAAAAUUAAAACCAGAAAUGUGUUGGCAAGUUUUACAUCAAAUUGCAUCUGCACUUGAUUAUAUGCAUAAAUCAUUAUUUAUUCAUAGAGAUGUAAAACCAGAGAAUAUUUUAAUUCGUAGUAUUGAUUUGGAAAAUGGAAUUAUUGAUGUUGUCUUGUCAGAUUUUGGAUUAACUAGAUCAUUAGAAACACUUAGCUCAAAUCCCUUAGGAGCAGGUAGUUUACUGUAUAUGGCUCCUGAGCAAUUUACUUUUCACAGAGAAAUUACUCCAUCCUCUGAUGUUUUCUCAUUGGGUGUUACAAUGAUUAAUUUAAUUGCAUCUACUUGCUUAUCUGAUUGUAAAAUGGGAAUGGGACAACAAAUGGCAUGUGAAAAUACUCAUCCAGAUUCACAUUUCAGAAGGAAGAUAACAUGGACUCUGAAUGAGAAAGCAUCUCCAGAAAUGUUGGAUCUAAUUAUUGGAAUGACAAGAAGAAAGUCAUCUCAGAGAAUAUCAUGUGCUGAAAUUGUGAGUCAUUGUGAGAGAGCAUUGAAGAGUGGUGUAGCUUAUCAAUCCAAAACCUUAAAUCCCAUUUCUAAACUCAUUGGAUAUUCUCUUAAACAAUCAUUGAAUAUUUAUGAUUAG